GAGCCCUUCGCUGUGGACUUUUGACACGGACACGCAGCGACACGGCAGGACCUUUUUUUCUUCCACGGAUACACUCAAGACUCUUGUUAGGACGACUACUGAAACCACAAGCAUGCAACACUACGGCGUGAACGGCUACUCCCUGCACGCCAUGAACUCCCUCAGCGCCAUGUACAACCUCCACCAGCAGGCGGCGCAACAGGCGCAGCACGCGCCCGACUACCGGCCCUCCGUGCACGCGCUCACCCUGGCAGAGAGACUAGCAGACAUCAUCCUGGAGGCUCGCUACGGCUCUCAGCACCGCAAACAACGUCGGAGCCGCACGGCCUUCACCGCCCAGCAGCUGGAGGCUCUGGAGAAGACCUUCCAGAAGACCCACUACCCCGACGUGGUGAUGCGGGAGCGGCUGGCCAUGUGCACCAACCUGCCUGAGGCCCGAGUGCAGGUCUGGUUCAAGAACCGCAGGGCCAAGUUCCGUAAGAAACAGCGCAGCCUCCAGAAGGAGCAGCUGCAGAAGCAGAAGGAGCCCACAGGCGAAGGAGGCUCCGAGAAGGACGACGGCCCCCCCUCCACCACCUCCAGCAACACCCCGCCUGACUCCCAGCCGCCGCCGUCCUCCUCCUCCUCCUCCUCCUCCACAUCCCUGGAGACGGCAGAGGGUCCCGCGGUACUCCCGCUACCGCUCCACAUGGAGGUCAACGUCACGUCGGCGGAGCAGUCCGGCAGCGAGUCUGCCACAGAGGACAACGCCACCGAUAAGGAGGACGAGAGUAAAUGUCUGCAGCCGGAGGAGAUGCAGAGCGAGGGAGCCAUGACACCGGGCGACGACUCGUCCCCUUACAAGAGACUCAGCCCUAAAGCAGACUCACCUUGCGUCUCUCCGUCCGUGACCCCGUCUUCGUCCAGCAGUGGCCUGGCCGCCGGCGGUCCGUUCCCCCAGAACCACUCCUACUCGUCGUCCCCCCUGAGCCUGUUCCGCCUGCAGGAGCAGUUCCGCCAGCACAUGGCCGCCACCAACAACCUGGUGCACUACCCCGCUUUUGACCUGGCCGCCCCCUCGUCACUCCCCUACCUGGGCAUGAACGUCAACAUGCCGCCCGCGCCGCUGGGCACGCUGCCCUGCCAGUCGUACUACCAGUCGCUGUCCCACCACGCCCAGCAGGUGUGGAGCAGCCCGCUGCUGCAGGCGUCCGCCGCCGGCGGCCUGAGCGGCCACAACAGCAAGACCACCAGCAUCGAGAACCUGCGGCUAAGGGCCAAGCAGCACGCCGCCUCGCUGGGACUGGACGCCUUGUCUAACUGAAACAGAACUCGAUGAAGUGAACGUUCAUUUAAAGGACAUAUUGUAGGGGAAGGACUCAUAUGGCCCCCUUCUUAGGUGGAUCUCACGCGGGAGGAAGCUGGGAGUUUCGUCGUUUUGCAAUGCAUUCUGCUGAAAAUGAUGGAAAGCGCCACUCUACAUCGCAACUGACGCUGUGGUCAAAGUUGGAAACGCCACAAAACACAAUUUAAAGUAGCAGUAAAGUGUAAAAACAAGUUGCCUCUAUUUUGAAACUAUUAUCAUAUUUAUCUGAUUUAUGAUACCUAAAUACUUGCAUCGUUUGCAAAUAAAUAGAUAUGAUAAAAAUAGUAUCAAUCUCACGGAGAUUCUCGAGCCAUUUUGAGAAUAAAUGAGCAUGUGACGUAGCGGAGGAACCAUAGAUCCCUUCCCCAUCAACAACAAUGCCAAUUAAGCAGACUUUGCGAGAGCCAACAACAAUUACUUAUGAUCCAGAACCUUAUAUUUUUAAACCCGAACACAAAGAGGAUGAGCAAUAAGUUUUAGAAGCCGAGUGCUAAACGGAUUGAUUGAUUGAUUGAGACUUUUAUUGGUAGAUUUCACAGUACAGUACAUAUUCCGUACAAGUGACCACUAAAUGGUAACACCCGAAUAAGUUUUUCAACUUGUCCACGUUAAUCAAUUCAUGGUAAAUUCAUGGAUGUAGCUUUACUGUGACACUAUAGCAUUAGCAUCACUGCUAGGUGCUAAACAUACAAACUAACCAUCAUAAAACAAACACUUACUGUAAUAUUUCCACUCUCGCUGGGAUGCCGACCGACGGGACGCUCGCAUAAUUCCGUUUAGAUGAAGAUUCAAUCGCAAUCAUCACAAAGGGUUAAAAAUAGUUGUCGCAAAUAGCGUCUUUUUCACUAGCCUGUCGGUCCAUGGCCACAUUUGUCUACCAGCCGGUGAGAGAUGCGUGAAUUAUAAUCUAGAACUUACUUUUUGCAAGUUUGAGACCAAGCAGAAGCAGCUGCCGGCUCAGUGUGUCAACAAUAGCAGUGUAAGCUAGCAUUAGCUCACUGCUAUCAAUCCACCGCUAAAAUAGCGUUAGCGCUUAUAUUGUCGGUGGUUCCUUAGAAGGUUUUACGGGCGCAAAGAGGACCCUUGAUCUGUUGACUCGAUUGGUAGCUAUUUAGCCAAGCUAACAUACAGUCGUGCUCAUAAGUUUACAUACCCUGGGAGGAUUUAUCAUUUCUUGGCCAUUCUUCAGAGAAUAUGAAUGAUAACACAAAAACCUUUCUUCCACUCGUGCUUAAUG